AGAGAGAUGGGUUCGUACUCCGGAGACAACGAUAUCAUAAUAAUCGGUGCCGGCAUCUGUGGCCUCGCUACCGCCCUUGCGCUCCACAGGAAGGGUAUUGGCAGUGUAGUUCUAGAAAGGGCCGACUCUCUACGGGCGUCGGGAGCUGCAAUCGACAUUCACACCAAUGGUUGGCGCGCACUUGAUCAGCUGGGCGUAGGUCCCACUCUUCGAGAGAAAGCUAAUCGUAUAUAUGUGGUGCGACAUGUUUCUCUCGACAAUGGGAUGACACGGGAAGUACUAUAUGGGAAUGAAGAGUAUCGCAACUUGGUGAGGAGUGAUCUCAUCCAAGCACUUUUUGAUGGCCUACCGCCCCGAACAGUCCACUUCGGCUGCCAUAUCGUCCAAGUCAAAACAGAUCCAGUAACUUCUCAGUCCGUCCUUCAUUUCGAUGAUGGCAGUGUGGCCACUGCCAAGAUUUUAAUCGGCUGCGACGGAGUAAACUCGAUAGUGGCAGAAUCACUCAAGCUAAAGCCCACUAGAAGCUCUCAUACAGGUGUACUGCAAGGGCUUACAAAUUACCCAAAUGGUCAUGGAUUUGGCAACGAUUUCAUCCUGAUGAAGAAAGGACAUGUGAUUGUAGGGAGAAAUCCAAUCGGCAACAAGCUCGUCCAUUGGUUCAUAUUCCAGACGCGACUUCCUGAAGAUUAUGGAAUAUCAGGGAAGCCCGAAAUCAUCCGAGAAGCAGCACUGGAAUUAAUUAAGGGAUUUCCACCAGAAAUGACCGAAUUGGCGGAGAACAGUCUACUCGACUCUUUUACUUUCACAAAGAUAAGAUACAGAGCACCGUGGGAUCUGUUAUUGGGAAACUUGCACAGGGGAACGGUGACUGUGGCAGGGGACGCAAUGCAUGUGAUGGGGCCAUUCCUUGGGCAAGGCGGUGCAGCUGGCCUAGAAGAUGCAGUUGUGCUUGGAAGAUGCCUGGCGAAAGCGAUGCAGAUGGACCGAAAUGGAGAUUACGACGGGAAGCAGCUGGCGACUAGAGUUGGGUUGGCACUCGUUGAAUAUGUUAAAGAAAGGAGGAUGAGGGUGACAAGGUUGUCUAUGCAGACGUACCUUAAUGGAUUGUUGAUGGCAACCUCAUCCGGUUUUACGAGUGGAUUGAUUGUGUUCGUGUUAAAGACUAUUUGGUGGCGCACUUGAACAUACUCAAUAUGACUGUGGCCGCCUUUGAAAACGUGUGUUCGUGUUUUCACAAUAACCUGCUGCAAAGUGAUGCAAUAAGAUUGGGAGUGGGGCCAACGAUCACCUUAGCCCACACAUUCAAAGCUCCCCUCUUCCUAGGGCCCUCUCUCUUCUAAUUAUUAAAUUUCAUGCAUGCUUUCUAAAAUGAGCUUUGUAAGGGAAAAAUAGUUAAUAAUGUAUGUUAAUUUCUUUCUUUGUGAGAAUUUUUUGAUUUUCCUUUGAGAGUAAUUCCUCUCCUUUAUAUUUGAGUGAGGGAAUUACCAACCUUGAGUGAGUUCCCA